CCUGUUGCUGCCGCUGCGGUGAGGGCUGUGGCUGGACGUCCCUCCUGGCACUUUGCCUCUGUCCCCUGCAUCCCCCGCCAGCAUUUUUCCUCCCCCCGUUCCCCGAGCUCGUCCCAAGCCUGCCUGUCCCCAGAGAGGAGGCGGGACAGUGGAAGAGCUGAACUAAGCUGGAGUUUGGAGUUUGACCCGCUUGGAGGCUCUCUCAGCAGCAGGGAUACAGGAGGAAGGGUCACUGCUAUCUCUUGAAGCUCUUGGAGUGUCUCCCUCCAGUGUCUCCCUCCUUACAGCCACCACCACCUCCUGGCACCUUAGAAGCCACUGACAGCCUCCAGGGCAGGUGAGCCCUGCAUCUGAACUAAGGAUCCAGAGGGCUCAUUCAGGACCAUGGAGAGCGGCACCAGCAGCCCUCAGCCUCCACAGUCAGAUCCCCUGGAUGCGUUUCCCCAGAAGGGCUUACAGGCUGGGGACAUCGCGGUGCUGGUUCUGUACUUCCUCUUUGUCCUGGCUGUUGGACUAUGGUCUACAUUGAAGACCAAAAGAGACACAGUGAAAGGCUACUUCCUGGCUGGAGGGGACAUGGUGUGGUGGCCAGUGGGCGCAUCCUUGUUUGCCAGCAAUGUUGGAAGUGGACAUUUCAUUGGCCUCGCAGGGUCAGGUGCUGCUACAGGCCUUUCUGUGUCAGCUUAUGAGCUUAAUGGCUUGUUUUCUGUGCUGAUGUUGGCCUGGAUCUUCCUCCCCAUCUACAUUGCUGGUCAGGUCACCACGAUGCCAGAAUACCUACGGAAGCGCUUCGGUGGCACCAGAAUCCCUAUCAUCCUCGCCGUACUCUACCUAUUUAUCUACAUCUUCACCAAGAUCUCGGUAGACAUGUAUGCAGGUGCCAUCUUUAUCCAGGAGUCUUUGCACCUGGAUCUGUACCUGGCCAUAGUGGGGCUGUUAGCCAUCACUGCUGUAUACACAGUUGCUGGUGGCCUGGCUGCCGUGAUCUACACAGAUGCUCUGCAGACGCUAAUCAUGCUUGUAGGAGCACUCACCUUGAUGGGCUACAGUUUUGCUGCGGUUGGUGGGAUGGAAGGCCUGAAGGAGAAGUACUUCUUGGCCCUGGCUAGCAACCGGAGCGAGAACAGCAGCUGCGGGCUGCCCCGAGAAGAUGCCUUCCAUAUUUUCCGAGAUCCGCUGACAUCUGAUCUGCCAUGGCCAGGGGUCCUAUUUGGAAUGUCCAUCCCAUCCCUCUGGUACUGGUGCACGGACCAGGUGAUUGUCCAGCGGACUCUGGCUGCCAAGAACCUGUCCCAUGCCAAAGGAGGUGCUCUGAUGGCCGCGUACCUGAAAGUGCUGCCCCUCUUCAUAAUGGUGUUCCCUGGGAUGGCCAGCCGCAUCCUCUUCCCAGAUCAAGUGGCUUGUGCAGAUCCAGAGAUCUGCCAGAAGGUCUGCAGCAACCCCUCAGGCUGUUCUGACAUCGCGUAUCCCAAACUCGUGCUGGAACUCCUGCCCACAGGGCUCCGUGGGCUGAUGAUGGCUGUGAUGGUGGCGGCUCUCAUGUCCUCCCUCACCUCCAUCUUUAACAGUGCCAGCACCAUCUUCACCAUGGACCUCUGGAAUCACCUCCGGCCUCGGGCAUCUGAGAAGGAGCUCAUGAUUGUGGGCAGGGUGUUUGUGAUGCUGCUGGUCCUGGUCUCCAUCCUCUGGAUCCCUGUGGUCCAGGCCAGCCAGGGUGGCCAGCUCUUCAUCUACAUCCAGUCCAUCAGCUCCUACCUGCAGCCGCCCGUGGCAGUGGUCUUCAUCAUGGGAUGUUUCUGGAAGAGGACCAAUGAAAAGGUAGCUCUGGACAGCUCCCACUAUGCCAGAACCAAGUGCCGCCCCUUAAGGACUGGGAUAGGAUGGGAGGGGAGGGCGCUGAAGGAUGACACAGGCUGGACUUGGGUGCUGACAGGGAGUUCCACGGUGGAAGAUACAGGGAGGGUCAGCCACCUGACCUGGUUUACUCGUCAUGACCCCGUGGUCCAGAAGGAACAAGGGCCGCCAGCAACUCCCUUGUCUCUUAACCUCUCUCACAAUGGGAUGCCAGAGGCCAGCAGUAGCAGGGUCCAGUUCGAGAUGGUUCCAGAAAACAUGUCUAAAACCCACAGCUGUGACGUGACCCGGAAGCAGUCCAAAGUGGUGAAGGCCAUCCUAUGGCUCUGCGGAAUACAGGACAAGGGCAAGGAAGAGCUCCCAGCCAGAGCAGAACCCGCCAUAGUUUCCCUGGAAGAAAACCCCUUGGUGAAGACUCUUCUGGAUGUCAACCUCAUUUUCUGCGUGAGCUGCGCCAUCUUUAUCUGGGGCUACUUUGCUUAGUGUGGGGUGAACCCAGGGGUCCAAACUGUUUCUCUUCAAUGCUCCAUUUUUUUAAUGAAAGAAAAAAAAAUAAAGCUUUUGUUUGUUUACCA